UCAGGACCCCCCCCCGCUCCCCCCAGGCCAUCGAUGACGACUGCAACCAGACGGGCCAGCUGCUGGCCGCCAUGUUGGACUGGCCGCAGGGCACGUUCGCCUCGCGGGUGCAGCUGGAGGACGGCGCGGUGCGGGUGGAGCGGGAGGUGGACGCGGGGCUGGAGACGCUGCGGCUGCGCCUGCCGGCCGUGCUGACGGCCGACCUGCGGCUCAACGAGCCCCGCUACGCCACCCUGCCCAACAUCAUGAAAGCCAAGAAGAAGCCCCUGGAGGUGAUUCCCGCUGCAGAUUUGGGGGUCCCCGCGGGAC